UGCGUACAGGUGGAGCACAGCGCGGGCUCCGGGCUCGCACCGCCUGUUAUGUAAAACGCACUUGAAUGACAAAACUGUAGUUUUCCACGGAGCCGGGCAGGACGUGGGAGGAACUGCAGGGCUGUGCGGUGCUCCGAGCCGGACCGUGCGGUGCUGCGUUACAUCACAGAACCCCCCCGGGCAGCGGGAGGCUGUCCUCGGGAGAGGCAGUGGGAGGCAGUGGAGCUGGCCUCGGCACCGGGAGAGGCUGGACUUCCCGUCUCUCUGUGCUGAAUGGCUGCGAUGGCGCCCGCUCUCACUGACGCAGCAGCUGAAGCUCACCACAUCCGAUUCAAGCUGGCUCCCCCGUCCUCCACCUUGUCGCCUGGCAGUGCCGAGAGCAACGGCAACGCCAACAACAUCCUCCUGGCUGCCAACGGCACCAAAAGGAAAGCCAUUGCUCCGGAGGAUCCCAGUUUAGAUUUCCGAAACAACCCCACGAAGGAAGAGCUGGGCAAGCUGCAGCCACUAGUGGCCUCUUAUCUCUGCUCGGAUGUAACAUCUGUCUCUUCAAAAGAGCCUCUGAAGCUGCAAGGAGUCUUCAACAAGCAGACAGUCCUUAAAUCUCACUCUCUCUUAUCUCAGUCCUUCUUGAAAACGAGUGAUCUGUUGGGGAGGCAACCGGUGUUGGAAUUUACUUUGGAGAAUCUAAAAACAAUGAGUACUAAUAGCCAGCCACCUCUCCCACAAGCGCCUGUGAACGGCUUGGCCAAGAAAUUGGCCAAAAGUACCAAUUCAGACCAUGAAAACUCUAGUGCUCUGAACGGUGGGAAGUGUGCUUCUCCUGCUGCUGCCCUCCAGGGCGUUGACUAUAAUGCAGGAGGUUCUGAAUUGGGGGACUUGAAGGCCGGGUUGACCAAUUGCACUCUUCCACACAGAAGCCUUGAUGCGGAACGCACGACUCCUUUUAGCAAUAAUAGCACUGCAAACAAAUCUUCCCUUAAUUCCACGGAGCAGCAGCAGGUGCUGGAGGGUGGCAGUGGAGAGACGAGGUUGCCUGGGGUUGGCAGUCACUCGGAAUUUGGGAGCGGUAAGUUGGAGGAGCAGAAACCUUCUCUGUCGGCCGGCCAUCACAGCGCCCUCGACUCCGAGAUGAGGACGAGGGCAUUGCUGAGAAGGCAGGCAGACAUUGAGAACCGAGCUCGAAGGCUGCAGAAACGUUUGCAGGUGGUGCAGGCGAAGCAGGUGGAGAGACACAUCCAGCAGCAGUUGGGCGGCUUCUUGGAGAAAACUCUGAGCAAGCUUCCGACUUUGGACCCUGUGAGGCAUCGCAGCCAACUGAUGUUGACCAGAAAAGCAGAAGCAGCUUUGAGGAAAGCUGCGAGUGAGACAGUUACUUCGGAAGGCCUGAGCAGCUUCUUGAAGAGCGAUUCGAUAUCGGAAGAACUGGAGAGAUUCACAGCCAGUGGCAUGGCCAACUUGAGAUCCAGCGAGCAGGCGUUCGACUCGGAUGUCACUGACAGCAGCUCAGGAGGCGAGUCUGACGUCGAGGAGGAGGAACUGACCAAAGCAGAUCCAGAGCAGCCCCACAUACCUCUGAGACGAAGGGCAGAGUGGAGAUGGGCAGCAGACCGUGCAGCCAUCGUCAGUCGCUGGAAUUGGCUCCAAGCCCACGUCUCAGACCUGGAGUACCGAAUCCGGCAGCAGACGGAUAUUUACAAGCAGAUCAGAGCCAAUAAGGGGCUGAUUGUCCUCGGUGAAGCAGCACCCCCUGACCCCGCAGCGGAUGAUGCAUCCCGUCCUGUUAGCGCUGAUGUGAAGCCGGAGCCCGGCGCAGAGCGGCUGAGCGUUCCUGGAUCCCAGCCCUUGGACAGCUUGGGUCUUUCUGCUGCAAGUACUCCUGAGUCCCAUCCCACCAAGCCCUGUGGAGCACCAAGACCCGUCAAUGGAGUCAUCAACACUCUUCAGCCUGGCCUGGCAGAACACGCUCAGGGAGAUGGCCAGGAAGCUGAGGAGCUCUUGCAUAAAAAGCAGAGAAUGAAUGUGGUCCCUUCAGCUUCAGAUGGGACGUGUGUGGCCGCCCGCACGCGCCCGGUGCUCAGCUGUAAGAAGCGACGGCUGGUCCGACCCAGCAGCAUCAUGCCCCUGUCCAAAAAGGUCCAUCGGAACAGCCUGGCUCGGUGCAGCUGUGACGUGAGCCCCUCGUGUGCUCUGUGUGGUGCCCGCAGCUCCGCGCCGCUGGACAUGCAGUACGACGCGCCGCUGCUGGAGCGCCUGUCCCAGCUGGACUCCUGCAUCCACCCCGUUCUGUCCUUCCCAGAUGACGUGCCGACCAGCCUGCACUUCCAGAGCAUGUUGAAAUCCCAGUGGCAGAACAAACCCUACGAGAAAAUGAAAGCUCCCAAAAAGCUCUCGCUGAAGCACAGAGCCCCCAUGCCCACCAGCAGCCUGACCGACCCAGCUCGCAAGGACCGCCACAAGCUGGUGAACUCCUUCUUCACCGCAGCCAAGCGCUCACAGCACAAAACCCAGGCAGACAAGGCGCACAGGCUGCCUUUAGACGAUUUUAUGGCCGUGUCCAAGGCCGAGGGAGCGCCUGAGCGCUCGCUUGUCCAGCCUCCCGCCCAUGACAAAAAGCGAUUGCGCGACUGCUCAUCUGAGAGGAGUGAAGUGCUGAAGCAUCAUGCGGACGUCGGUGGCCCGAGCUACUUGGCAGCAGCUGCGACCCACGCACCUCACAGCCCCAUAGCACGGCAGCUGUCCGCCUCCUCGGAGGGCUCUGCUCCCACCAGCACGAGCUCCCAGGGCACCUCCAGCACGGCUCAGCCGAGGAGGAGGAGAGGAGAAAGUUCAUUUGAUAUUAACAACAUUGUCAUCCCGAUGUCUGUCGCCGCCACAACUCGCGUGGAGAAGCUGCAGUACAAGGAGAUCCUGACACCCAGCUGGCGUGAGGUGGACAUCGGCGCCCUGAAAGUCAGCCCUGAUGAAGACAACGAGGAGAUCGAGGACUUGUCUGAUUCGGCCUUUGCUGCUCGGCACAGCAAGUGUGAGGAGAUGGAGCGAGCCCGGUGGCUUUGGAGCACGAGUGUGCCCCCACAGCGGCGGGGCAGCAGGUCCUACAGAUCGACGGACGGACGGACAACCCCCCAGCUGGGGACCCCCUCCACCCCCCAGCCAGCAUCCCCAGACGUGGGCAGCUUCCAUUCCCACUCGGAGCCGUCCCACACCCACUCCCCGCGCAGCCCCAUCAGCCCCGAACUGCUCUCGGCUCCCCUCACUCCCCUGUCCCGCGAUUCCCUGCGGCUCCUGCCCAGCGAGGACACGCGCUGCUCCACUCCCGAGGCUCUGGACGAGCAGGCCGUGCUGCCCUGGGAGCGGCGCUGCUUCCCCCUGUCGUACGACCCCAGGACGGAGUGUGAGGACCAAUGCGACCCCCAGGACCGGUCGUCGCGCUGCACCCGGCGCACGUCGGGCAGCAAAUCCUCCCGGGACGCCGAUGGCACUUCUGCUUCACCCACCCUGACGGGCAUCAAGAGCCGCCCCCCCCCGGCAACCCCCCCUCCUUCCUCCUCCUCCUCCUCCUCUGCAGCAGCAGCGGUUCAGCGGCCGGCGCACAGAUAGAGACGUACGGGGAGACACGAGCAAAACCAACACACAGAACUAAAACUCUUGGCAUUAAAGCUUCCAAAAUCUGCGUUUGAUAUUCAAACAUCCUGCCGGGAAUUUUCACAGUUUUUAGUGAAUUUAAGGAGUUUAGAAACUGGUUUUUUUUUUUUUGGUUUUUUUUUUUGUUUUGUUUUGUUUUGUUUUUGUUUUUUCGUUGUUUUUUCUUUUUUUUUUUUUUGGUUUUUUUUGUUUUGUUUUUUCUCCAUGUUUCCUUGUCACACCAAGGAGCCCCCCUGCGUUCCUCCCAGCGGAGUGAAGCCUGGGGAGGGGAGCAGCCCCUCCAUCCCCCCCCCCCAUCCCUCCCCUCCCCUUGUAGGUGCACAAGCACAGAGCGCAGGCGAUAGCAGAGGCUGGGAUGAUUUCUGAAGCAGAAGGGUCUCCUCCCCUUAACCUGCAGCCCCUCUGUGAGCCGUUGGAGUGAAGUGAGGGAUGGGAAGUCUCUGGAUUCGGCAGCUCCCCGUCCCCACAUGGGGGGCUGUGCUGCUGCUCCCCCCUGCAGGGCGCAGUGUCCCAAUGAGGGACCCCCACCGCCCCCCUCAGCCCAUCUCCUUCCUUCUUGGGGCAGCAGAGCAGCCCCGGGUGGGGGAAAGGGAAGGAAGGGGCUGCGUGUGGGGCUGCGUGUGGGGCUGGAGCUGGGCUUGGGGUUGAGAGGGCAUCUCCCACAGCGCUGGGAGCAGCAGCUCCCCACCGGGGGGCAGCGCCGGGCUGCGCGGCCCCACAGCGCUGCGGCAUUCAGGUGGGGCCGGGGGGCGCUCAGGAGCGCAGCGGAUCCUUGGGGUUUCGGUCGUAGGAAAGGGGAAAAAGGAGGAGGGAUGGGAGGGAGGGGAGGGAUGGGGAGGUGAGAGCAGCGCUGAGCCCCCCUGCAGGUGUGGGGCUGGGGAACCCAUCGAUGCCCCCCAUAAAACGCUUCUCUCUGUGCCCCUCGUGUCGCUGCCGCGCCGCCCCCUUCUGUAGAACCGCGGCACCAAAAAAUAAUAAUAAUAAAAAAAAAAUAAUAAAAAAAAAAUCCCCCAAAAAAUAAAAAAA